UGAACUCCCUCCCUCCCUCCCUCCCUCCCUUCUCCCAUUCCCUCAUAAUUAUAUAUACAAAAACACAAGCACAUCUUAUCAUAAAUAAUGGCUAUUGAGCAAUCCGCCGAGAAAUCCUUCCUCGACGCCGCCCUCUACUGCGAAGAAGAGAAAUGGGAUGAAGACAACAACAAUGAAGACCUCCCCCCAUUGGAGCAGGACCACCAACACGACCUUUUCUGGGAAGACGAGGAGCUCCAGUCCCUCUUCUCCAAGGAGAAACAAGAACGCCCUCACCACUCUCUCAAUCUCUCCCCCUCCCGAAACCAAUCCGUCCACUGGAUUCUCAAAAUCAACGCCCACUACUCCUUCUCCCCCCUCACCGCCAUCCUCGCCGUCAACUACCUCGACCGCUUCCUCUCCUCCCUCGCCCACGACAAGCCCUGGAUGAUCCACCUCGCUGCCCUCACCUGCCUCUCCCUCGCCGCCAAGCUCCAAGAGACCCACGUCCCUCUCCUCUUAGAUCUUCAAGUUGAGGAAACCGAAUACUUUUUCGAGCCCAGGACCGUGCAGAGGAUGGAGCUGCUAGUGCUCUCGGCUCUGCAAUGGCGGAUGAAUCCAGUCACCCCGGUUUCGUUCCUCGAUCACAUUGUAAGAAGGCUGGGAUUGAAGAGCCACGUCCACUGGGAAUUCCUCACCACCUGCCACAAUCUCCUUCUCUCUAUCAUUUCAGAUCCGAGAUUCACACUGUAUCUCCCGUCGGUGUUGGCAACUGCGACAAUGCUUCACGUGAUACACCGGUUGGAGCCGCGGCGGGCCGUAGAGUACGAGGGCCAGCUGCUCGGCGUGCUCAAAAUCAACAAGGAAGAAGUGGAUGAGUGUUACGAGGUGAUUAGAGAGGUACUAGAUUCAAUUUCAAACACUGGAUACAACAAUGGAUUGAAGCGUAAUAUUUGUCAACCAGGUAGCCCAGAUGCUGCAAUUUUGAAUUUGGAUUGCAAGAAAGCAAAAGUUGAUCAAAUCAGACUCACCACCACAGUCCCUCAUUAUUACACACACUCCCUCUCCCUCUCCCUCGACAUUUAAUUUUCUCUAUAUUCCUCUUAAUUAAUUAUAGUAGUAGUAGUAGUAAUUGUUUCUUGCAUUCUCGGAGUAAUGGUUUAAAUGGCCUUUCCACCAACAACUCUGCCAAUUUGUGCACAAGGAGAAAAAAAAAAUACUUAUAUAUAUAUGGAGAGAGAGAGAGAGAGAGGGAGAGGGAGAGAGAGAGAGAGAGGGAGAGGGAGUGGCAGGAAGAGCUGGCAAGGGAGUAAGUGAAAAAAAGACAAGAAGCAAUGAAGAAUAUCUGCACUCUGUUUUAUGCUCACUCUCUCUCGUAUGGACAAUUCAUGAAUUGAGGCAUUUCUUAAUGUUAAACAUCUUUCUUGUACAUACAUAUCUUUCCCUUUUUAUCUCUCUCACAUAUUUGCCAUUACUAGCUGCUUUGUGAGUAGAUAAAUAAUCAUCUGAAAUUAUGAAAAAAGUUGAAUUGUCGGUCACUGUGGUUUGACCUCGAUUGAGGGGCCUUUUGUUUUUUACCUUCUCUUUCAUGGCUGGCUUUUGAAAUGUUUUGUUUUAUCUAAU